ACAAACGCAACGCGUACUCGGGGGAAAAAAACCGACGGCAAAGAACCCCCCCCCCCCCCCCAAAAAAAAAAAACCGAUCGCGAUUCAUAAACAUAUAACAAUCACAGUCCCGCUGGACUUUUAGCAAAAUCCAAAAAUCUCUCUUUCUCCAUGGAAGCUGCUUCGAGGAAUCUAUUGAGCUUCAUUUCCAUGCUACCCACAUGUUUCAUACUCGUUAUUUUCAGUUUUACCAUUGUUGAUGCAGAAAUAUCAAAUAGCAAAACGAUUGGAAGAGGACUCAAAGCAUAUGGGCAACUGCCUGACAGAAAGGAACUGGCAACGCCCUCUUCUGCUCUAUUUUUCGAUGACAAUGAGAAGGAUAUUGACAUAAUUGCAACUUACAGUGAUGCUUCUGGGACUAUUAGAACAAGUAGGGUGAAAAUGAAGGAUCUUUCUGCUUCUUGGGUUCUGGAAAACCCUAUCAGUGGAGAUCCUGGCAAACAAAAGGGCUCACAGGUAUUUAAACUAAAAGAUUCCUACCAAGCUAGCAGAAGAUCUGAAGAAAAUGUUGAACAUUUUAUUGAUGAUCAUCAUUGGCAAGAAGAUGAAAUUCAAAAUCGUCGCAAGGCAUCAUGGAGCCCUGUGAAGUUCAAGCGCCAGAUGUUGCGGCAAAAAAGGUGGGAUCUUCGUACUGUGGACCUUAUCCGCCAAAAUAAAGAGGCUGACAAGCAGAUGGAAGCAACAUCCGCUAUUGAGGACUUGAAAAAUAUGGACCCUGUUGUCAAUGGAAAAUAUAGCAUAUGGAGAAGAGAUUUUGAAAAUCCUAACUCUGAUUCUACUUUGAAGCUUAUGCGUGACCAGAUUAUUAUGGCAAAAGCCUAUGCAAAUAUUGCCAAGUCUAGGAACCAAAUUGAUCUUUACAGUUCUCUUUUGAGACAUGUUGGUGACAGUCUACGUGUUAUUGGAGAUGCUAAUUCUGAUUCUGAGCUUCAUCCUAGUUCACUUGAUCAGGCAAAAGCAAUGGGCCAUGCUCUAUCUUUUGCGAAGGAUCGACUCUAUGAUUGCCAUAUAGUUGCAAGGAAGCUUCGAGCCAUGCUUCAGUCAGCAGAAGAUAACGUAGAUUCUCUGAAGAAAAGGAGUGCCUUCUUGAUUCAGCUAGCUGCAAAGACUGUCCCAAAACCAUUGCAUUGCCUACCUCUGCAGCUAGCAGCAGACUAUUACUUCCAUGGAUAUCAGAGCAAAAAGGAUCUUAAUAUAGAAAAGCUUGAAGAUCCUUCUUUGUAUCAUUAUGCCAUCUUUUCUGAUAACGUACUGGCAACAUCUGUGGUCGUCAAUUCUACAGUGCUUCAUGCAAAUGAGCCUGAGAAACACGUUUUCCAUAUAGUGACCGAUAAACUGAAUUUUGCUGCAAUGAGAAUGUGGUUUAUCUUGAAUGCUCCUGAAAAGGCUACAGUUCAGGUUGAGAACAUUGAUGAUUUUAAGUGGUUGAAUUCCUCUUACUGUUCCGUUCUACGUCAGCUCGAAUCUGCCAGAGUUAAAGAAUAUUAUUUCAAGAAUCAUCCAUCCUCUCUGUUUGUUGGGUCUGACAAUCUCAAGUACAGGAAUCCAAAAUACUUGUCAAUGCUGAAUCACCUUCGAUUCUAUCUUCCUGAAGUGUACCCAAAACUCCACAAGAUCCUAUUUUUGGAUGAUGAUAUUGUAGUUCAGAAGGAUUUGACACCUCUUUGGGAUGUUGAUCUGAAUGGAAUGGUGAAUGGUGCAGUGGAGACCUGUAAAGGGAGCUUUCAUAGAUUCGACAAGUAUCUCAAUUUCAGCAAUCCGAAAAUCUCAGAGAACUUUGACUCCAAUGCUUGUGGUUGGGCAUUUGGGAUGAAUAUUUUCGAUUUGAAGGAGUGGAGAAACCGGAACAUUACACAAAUAUAUCAUUAUUGGCAAGAUAGGAAUGAGGAUCGAACUCUUUGGAAGCUCGGCACGUUGCCACCAGGACUGAUCACUUUCUAUAACUUAACCUAUCCGUUGGAUCGAAAAUGGCACGUAUUAGGACUCGGAUAUGACCCAGCCCUCAACCAAACUGAGAUAGUAAACGCAGCUGUCGUCCAUUACAAUGGAAACUAUAAGCCAUGGUUGGAUCUGGCUGUAGCUAAGUACAAGUCAUACUGGUCCAAAUAUGUAAGGUUCGAUAACUAUUACCUUAAACUCUGCAACUUAAGCGAAUAGCUAUUUGACCUAUGUUACUUUUUUUUUUUUUGCAUUCACUCGUGUAAUUCUUUUAUUGAGGUAAAGAAAAGAGGAGAGGAGAGAAAUUCUUUUA